ACAGGAGCUUGAAAAGUUAUUUGAGUGUUUGGCUCCAGUCAUGGCGGGGAGCUCAGAGAAAGUACCCAUUGCAGCAGCGGGACCAGAGGACCUGCAUCACUUCAUGUCUCCGGCCCACUCCACGGUCACGGUGAAACCAGCCUCCAACGGACGCCUGCUGAAGGCCGGGAUCGCCGUGCUCGUAACCGGAGCCGUUCUGCUGCUGCUGGGAGCCGCCGGGGCUUUCUACUUCUGGAACAACAACGAAAAACACGUCUACAAUGUCCACUACACCAUGAGCAUCAAUGGCAGAGUGGAGGAGGGCUCCAUGGAGAUCGACUCUGCCAACAACAUGGAGAGAUUCAGCACGGGCAGCGGGGCGGACGAGGCGCUGGAGGUCCACGACUUUGAGACUGGAAUUACAGGGAUCCGCUUUUCAGGGGGAGACAAGUGCUACAUCAAGACCCAGGCUAAAGCUCAGCUCCCUGAUGUGGAGCCUCUUAACAAGGACCCGACAACAUUUGAACUGAACGACGAGGUGAUGCCAGCUAAAUUCGAGGACGAUCUGAUCUUGGUGGCGGCAGGCCCGCCUCUGACCGACUCCUCCUUCCUCAGCAGCAAGAUCCUGGACCUGUGCGGAGAGCUGCCGAUCUUCUGGCUCCGUCCCACAUACUCCCCCAGAGGCGAGAGGAGGAGCCGAGCCGUCCCCCGCCGGCGCCGGCAGGCGGCUGCUGCUGCUGCUGCUGCCGACGACUACGAGGACGUGGAGGCAGAGUUCAACCCGGACAACCCCUACCAGCGAGGCCUCGAGGGCGAGCUGGGCACCAUGGACAUGGACCCCAUGCUGGACCACCAGGGCGUGUGCUGCAACGAGUGCCGGCGCGCCUACACCCACUGCCACAGGAUCUGCGAGCCGCUCGGGGGCUACCACCCUUGGCCGUACCACUACAGGGGCUGCAGGGUGGCCUGCAGAGUUAUCAUGCCCUGCAAAUGGUGGGUGGCGCGCAUCUUGGGGCUGGUGUGAGAAAAAAGGCCAUAGUGGCCAGGAGACAUGGUAGAGCCCAGGAGAGAGGAAGGAGGGAGGGAUGGGGGUUCAAAAGGAGGUGAGAUGAAGGGAAAAAAGUAAAAAAAAAAAAAGAAAGGUGGGGGACUUUUCUUGAUGACAUUUACUGUAGGUAGCUGAGUCUAAGCAGAUUUGUACAAAAGGAACUGCGUUAGUGGCCGUGUUUAUGAAUCCCUGUAUGCAUGUAAAGCUGAUCUGACAUUGUAAGGUAACGUGGAGGCUUCACAUCCUUUAAUCCUCAUAAAACUCAUCCACCAGCUACCGAUCUGGGUCUUCUAAACGAGAGCGCAACAUGCUGCCAAGAAAACAGGGAUAGUGACGUUCCUUCACGUAAAAUAAAAAAAAAAAAGCUUGUAUUGGUAGAGCUGAUCAGCAGUGUUUGUCCUUGCUUUGUCUAAAAAAAAAAAAAAAAAGCUGUACAUAAAUGUCCAUGAAGAAGUGAGUGAAUUUACAGUAACUUCCCAAAGGGUUCAUUUCUACGUUUUGUCACAAUACCAUCAGAAACUCCAAUGUGUUUUAUUGGGAUUUUAGGUGAUGGACCAGCACAAAGUAGUGCCAAACCGAGUGGAAGGGUAACGCAGGGCCUUUGAACUUCUUCACAUUUAAAACUCAAGAAAAAAAAGUGAUGCAGAUUUGAGUUGAGACACCUUUUUACUCCAAUAACUCUUAAAUAAAAUCCAGAGCCAGAAGUUGCUUUUAAAAAUCUCCUAGCGUGACGGUGGCAGCAUCAUGGUGUGGGGGUGGCUUCCUCCGGCAGAGACGGGGGACUGGACAGAGUUGGUGGGAAGAGUGUAUGGAGCUAAAUACAGGGGGAAGAAACGCUGGACCUGUUAGAGGCUGCAAAGACUUCAGACUGGGGUGAAAGUUUACCUCCAGCAGGAAAACGCCCCCAAAAUUACAGACAGAGCUACACUUGGAAUGGUUUGGAUUAAAACGGCUUAACAUACCGAGUUGCAAUAAUCACCAACAUAUCAAUAUGUGCAAAUAACAAAAAAAAAGGGCACAACAUUGAGUUGACAAUAACUUUGAAGGUGCCCCUGCUCUUUGAAGGUCCUCUUAAAAUGAUUUUAAAUUUUUUACGUCCACAGCAGCUCUAAAUCUUGACCAUGAGGCUAAUACUAAGAAAGAAAGGCAGGAACCCUCGAGAUCAAGGAAGAGGAAGAUAACAAAGGCAAAUGUGGCUUGAUCUCAAAAUCAUCACAAUAAUAUGACAAUGCCAGUUUCUUAAUAUUGAGCUGCUGCCCCAACUUAGAACAAGAUGUUUACAUUAGAACAGCCCACGGUCCAGACAUGAGUCAAAUAUUUAAAUAUCUGAUGUAGGUAUUUGCAAUAUCCCCACAUAAUGACGCUGUCAGAACCACAUUAGGUGAAUUGAAGGCAACGGGUUUUUAUUUCAGGGUGUCGGAGAAAAUGGGGCUGAGCACAAACUCACAUUUUGGGGAUCUUUUAUUUGUUAAAAAGCAUGUUUUCACAUUACAAAUGUGUUCUACUUUGUGUGGGCCUGUCACAUGAAGCCCCAGUAAAAUCCACUGAAAGAGGUUGUAGCAGGACUAAAUGUGAAAAGGUUAAAGGGGCGUGACAACUUAUGCAAGGCCCUGUAAAUAGCCCUUCACUUUUCACAAGAAAUGUCCAGCCGCUUCACCGCUUUGUCUUCAGUAGUUGGCUUUUAGAAAAACGACCAACUGCAGCUUUCCUCUCAUCUGUUCAUCCAUAUGUAGUUUUAUCUUCAUCCAAAACUUCUCAAAGUGCAAUAUCACGAAAUAAAACUUUUUUCCUUUUUUAAGUAAA